UAAUCCGCCCCUCCAUUUCUCUCCCGAGUCCUUCUAUGUAGACUAUAUAUUUAUAACUCACUCUCUCUCUUCGUUCCUGUCAUCCUGCGAGUGCUUUCUUUGUUCUUUUUUCCUAGAGAGUCAUGGGGAAGAUCAAGAUUGGGAUCAAUGGAUUCGGAAGGAUCGGGCGCUUGGUGGCGAGGGUCGCUCUGCAGAGAGAUGACGUUGAACUCGUCGCUGUUAACGAUCCUUUCAUCACCACUGAUUACAUGACCUACAUGUUUAAGUAUGACACUGUUCACGGCCAGUGGAAGCACCAUGAACUCAAGGUUCAGGACUCCAAGACCCUUCUCUUUGGGGACAAGCCGGUCACUGUUUUUGGUGUCAGGAACCCGGAGGAGAUCCCAUGGGCUGAGGCUGGAGCGGAAUUUGUUGUCGAGUCCACUGGAGUUUUCACCGACAAGGACAAAGCUGCUGCCCACUUGAAGGGUGGUGCAAAGAAGGUAAUUAUUUCUGCCCCUAGUAAAGAUGCUCCAAUGUUCGUUGUGGGUGUCAAUGAGAAAGAAUACAAGCCAGAACUUAACAUUGUCUCCAAUGCCAGCUGCACCACCAACUGUCUUGCUCCAUUGGCAAAGGUAAUCAAUGAUAGAUUCGGUAUUGUUGAGGGUCUCAUGACUACUGUCCACUCCAUUACCGCCACACAAAAGACUGUUGAUGGACCAUCAAUGAAGGAUUGGAGAGGUGGUAGAGCUGCUUCCUUCAACAUCAUUCCUAGCAGUACUGGAGCUGCUAAGGCUGUUGGUAAAGUGCUGCCAGCAUUGAAUGGGAAGUUGACUGGAAUGGCUUUCCGUGUUCCCACUGUUGAUGUUUCAGUUGUUGACCUAACUGUGAGACUUGAGAAGAACGCCAGUUACGAGGAUAUCAAAGCUGCUAUCAAGGAGGAAUCUGAGGGCAAACUGAAAGGAAUCCUUGGCUACACUGAGGAAGAUGUUGUGUCAACUGACUUUGUGGGUGACAGCAGGUCUAGCAUUUUCGAUGCCAAGGCUGGAAUUGCACUGAAUGACAACUUUGUGAAGCUUGUUGCUUGGUAUGACAAUGAAUGGGGUUACAGCUCACGAGUUGUUGACUUGAUCCGACACAUUGCCUCUGUUCAAUGAGAUUUCCUUUGCAAUUUAGUUCGUAUAUGAGGGAGGUGUCUUGAGAGAGAUGUUUUGUAAUAAUUGAUAUUUGAGGAUGGUAUUGGUAGAUUAGACUGAACUGGCUUAAACAUUACUUGAGUGGUUUGCUAUCUCAUAGAUCUCAUUAAUUAGAUGGGGCAUCUGGAGGAAUGAGAAUGCUAAAAAUGUUUAUUUCUUUAAAUUGUUGUACUUGGAAAAAAUUUCAUCUCUAAACCAAAUGCAUUUUGCAUUUCAUCAACCGUGCUUACUCAAAUGUAAGCAAGCACGGUUAGCUCAAUAAAUAAGUUUUUAAUUA